AUGAGUGUAUCUUACAAUUCUGGUUCUGGAUCAACAGUCAAUACAUAUGCAGCAUCAGCUGUCAAGGCACUUUCUUUAGAGUUAAAGAAACUUCAAAAUGAACCAACUGAAGGAUUUCAUAUAACACCUAAUGAGGAUAAUCUCCUUAUAUGGACAGUUGGUAUUUUUGGUCCACCUAAUACAAUUUACCAGGGAGGAUAUUUUCGUGCUCAAAUAAGAUUUCCUAACAAUUAUCCUUACUCACCACCAACAUUUAAAUUUUUAAAUAAAAUAUGGCAUCCAAAUGUAUAUGAUAAUGGUGAUCUUUGUAUUUCUAUUCUCCAUCCUCCAGUUAAUGAUCCUCAGUCAGGUGAAUUACCGUCAGAAAGAUGGAAUCCAACACAAAAUGUAAGAACUAUUAUGAUGAGUGUUAUAUCAUUACUUAAUGAACCAAAUACAAGUAGUCCAGCAAAUGUUGAUGCCUCUGUAAUGUAUAAAAAAUGGAAAGAUAGCAAAGGUGCAGAUGACGAGUAUGCUAGGAUUAUUAAAAAACAAGUUGAAUUGUCAAAGGAAGAUGCUAAAAAAAAUGGUAUUAUUGUUCCGGAGACUGUGGAGGAGUAUAUUGUAAAACCAAAGUUACCCGAAAAUGAUGCUGGUGACAUGAUCGAUAUGGAUGAUGAUUAUGAUCAUUACGAUGAUUACGGGUAUUCAGAUGAUGACGAUUUUGAAGAAAGCGACGAAGACAGCGGGCAAGGAGAGAAUUAA